UCCGUUCAUAUCCAAGAAAAAGAAAAUGUGCAGAAUUAAAUGAGGAGGGAAGGGGCUUCUCCGUUGCCGCCCUAAUUGUUUGUACUGUUGCCAACCCUUGGACGGAGCGGCGAUUGCAGAUUCAAUUUUCCGUUACUAUUGAUCUCUCGACGGCGAUACCAGCCGCCGCUCUGUAAUAGCCAGCAAGUGAAUGAAAAAAUGUCCAAAUUAAAUGGCACUCCUCAAAGCUUGCAGCCCGGAAACAUUAAUGCGCAGAUCAGGCGUCCUCUGAAUGUUCAAAGCACAAAUUGGGUGCAAGGACCAACAAGUUUAGAUGAGUUCAAGUAUGGAUUCCCCUCUGGUGGAUUGCCAUCUAUAUCAAAUAAGUGGUGGGGAAGUAGCUGUCCAGAUGAAACAAAUAAUGAAGUAGAUGACAAGCAUCACUUCAAAGUAGUAAAUGAUGGUUCCGCUUCUAUAAUAGACCAAGAGAAAUCUGGAAGUAUAGAGGAGGAUCUACAAGCUGAUCUUCAGGGAACACACCUUCUGACGGCUUUGAGAAAAAGAAGUUUGGAGCGAGGACGAAAAGUACUAAAGCAUGGUAAUAGCUUUCAUGGUCAUGGUUUAAACAAGUUAAGCAAGAAAGAAAGAUCAUUGCUUCUAAACAUAUUCAGAUCAUCUGUGCCAGAUGAAUGGAUAAAUAACUCCUAACAACUUCAGGGACAACUGCUUUGAUCGUCGUACUCUGCCCUUCAUAAGAACCUGUUGCCAAAUUGUAGAUGUAGAAGAAGAGAGAAAAAGUAGAUGAUGAAGGGUAACCGACAAUUAUAGUAGACUGUUGGAAACAGGUUGUUAAAAAUGUUUGGGCCAGAGGUAGAGGGCCCCUCCGGAGGUCCACCGGAGGGGCCAUUCUUAAACAACAGCCCAUGCUUGUUGCUCCCUGCAGAUGACCCGUUUCCGUCAGGUGGCCGCCAUUACUCAUCACAUCCAAAUUCUGAACUUUAAAACAUCUCUUUCUACUCCUUUUCAAAUUUUUAUUGAUGCAAUGUAAGUUCUGUUCAUUACUAUUUCUCUCUUCUAAAGCCAGAAGUAAAUUCUUUGAUUUUUGGCCCA